UGGCUGUGCGGCAGCAGCUGCUGGGAUUCUCUUGUCUUUUCUUGUUCGGGGUGGGAUAAUGGCGUGUGUUUUCUGGCUGUGAGGAUGAGUUCAUGUUUUGUGCCGAACGGGGCCAGUCUGGAGGAUUGCCACUCCAACCUCUUCUGUCUGGCUGAUCUCACGGGGAUCAAAUGGAGGCGGUAUUUAUGGAAUGGCCCUACGUCUGCCCCAAUCCUCUUUCCGGUGACGGAAGAGGAUCCGAUUUUGAGCAGCUUCAGCCGAUGCUUGAAGGCAGAUGUUCUCAGCGUCUGGAGACGCGAUCAGCGUCCUGGGCGCAGGGAGCUAUGGAUAUUUUGGUGGGGAGAGGACCCGAAUUUUGCUGACCUGAUACAUCAUGACCUGGCAGAGGAGGAAGAUGGCAUAUGGGAUAAUGGACUCUCCUAUGAAUGUCGCACGCUGCUUUUCAAGGCUAUCCAUAACCUGCUGGAGAGGUGUUUAAUGAACCGGAACUUUGUGCGCAUUGGAAAAUGGUUUGUGAAGCCCUACGAGAAAGAUGAGAAGCCAGUCAACAAAAGCGAGCAUUUGUCCUGCUCUUUUACCUUCUUCCUCCACGGGGAAAGCAAUGUUUGCACAAGCGUGGAAAUUAACCAGCACCAACCAGUGUACCACCUUAGCGAAGAGCACCUCACCCUGGCCCAGCAGUCAAAUAGUCCAUUUCAAGUUAUCUUAAGCCCCUUUGGAUUGAAUGGUACCCUCACAGGGCAGUCCUUCAAGAUGUCAGAUUCCUCAACAAAGAAACUAAUUGGUGAAUGGAAGCAGUUUUAUCCGAUAUCGUCUAGUGUUAAAGAGUGCUCAGAAGAAAAGCCAGAUGACAUGGACUGGGAAGAUGACUCGCUGGCUGCUGUAGAAGUUCUUGUUGCUGGUGUCAGGAUGGUAUAUCCAGCGUGCUUUGUUCUAGUUCCUCAGUCAGACAUCCCUACUACCAACCCAGUUGGAUCCACUCACUGUUCAAACACCUGCUUAGGUGGUCAAGUGCCUGCUUCUUCCAGAGAUCCGGCAAUGUCUUCAGUAACUUUGACUCCACCGACAUCCCCAGAAGAAGUUCAAACAGUUGAUUCCCAGUCAGCACAGAAAUGGGCGAAGAUUUCCUCUGUUGCAGACAGCUUUAACUCUGACAGUACUAGUCAACAUGGUGGAAAGAUACCACGAAAAUUGGCUAACCAGGUGGUGGAUAGGGUUUGGCAAGAAUGCAAUAUGAACAGGUCUCAGAACAAAAGGAAGUAUUCUGCCACCUCAAAUGGUGUAUGUGAAGAAGAAGUAGCUGACAAAGCAGCAUCCUGGGAUUUUGUUGAAUCCACUCAAAGAACAACUUGUGUCUGUUCGAGGCAUAAAAAUCUUAAACAGAGAAAUUCAGGUCAACCAGGGCAAGUGGUUCCUGCAGGUCCACAGCAACAGGCAGCCCAAAAGCACAAGACUAAUGAAAAGCAGGAAAAGGGGGACAAACCCCAGAAACGGCCACUAACGCCUUUUCAUCACCGUGUAUCGCUUACGGAUGAUGUCAAUGUGGAUGCAGAUACUGCCAGCCAGAGACUUGGGAUUCGAGCCCAGGACAGUAGAGGUCGCUUUUCGAAUAUUCGACCCAAUGAUGUAGCAAAAACCACCCAGAUGCAUGGCGGUGAACUGGCCAGCUCCCCUCCGCCUCCCCCACUCAGUCCCCACCCUUGUGAGGCAUUGGAUGAAGGAGGUGAGAGUAUCAAAAACCCAUCGACUCCUCAGAGUCAGCAUUUCUACCAAAUGCCAACCCCGGAUCCGCUAAUUCCAGCCAAGGCAAUAGACGAAAGGAUAGAUGGCUUAUCGCAAACCUUUGCUCCGGCGUUCCCUGAAAUGUUAGAGCCAACGCUGUACGUCGGCACCGCUGUUAAUUUGGAAGAGGGCGAAACCGACAACACCUGGAAGUAUUACAAAGUUCCAAGGAAAAAAGAAACUGAAUUCCUCCCCCCACAACUUCCGAACGAUAAAUUAAGAGAUGAUGCAUUUGGGUUUUCUGGAAAGGAAACUACGUCUGUCACCGAGUUAAUGGUGCAAUGUAACAAGCCUUUGAAGAUAUCGGAAGAAUUAUUGCACCAGUAUCAAUGCAAAAACCAAUACCCAACACCAGCUGUACUGGACACAGAUCAAGAACCUGAUCCAUAUGCAUUUGUAGACGGAGAUGUCGAAUUCAUUUUUUGUGACAAAAAAGAUAGGCCGACCAUAGAAAGGGAAAUUGGGAAAAAACACAAGGCAGAAGAUGGAUCAAAUGUUGCUGUCAUGGGGCAAGAAGUCGAAGAUGCAAUGUCACUCUUCAGUCCCUCCGUUAAACAAGAUGUUCAGCGAUCAGCUACUCAAGGCAGAACUCCAUCAACCAGCCUCUUUCAUGAAACUGAUCUUGUCGUCUCGUUUACAGACCUUGAUAACCUCUUCAAUUCUGAUGAAGAUGAGCUCACUCCUGGAUCCAAAAGAACACUUUACACUGAUGACAAAUCCAACAACAAAGAGUCAAAAGCUGGAAACCUAGACCCUUUGCCUUGCAUAAGUUCGGCUGACCUUCAUAAAAUGUAUCCAACACCACCUUCCUUGGAACAGCAUUUCGUAGGUUUCUCUCCCAUGAACAUGAACAGCAAAGAUUAUGGUAACAUGGACACUACGCCAGGAGGGACUCUACUAGAUGGAGGUGGCUUCUGUAUAUCUUCCCAGUUUAAAAUAGAAGUGGAUGAAGGAUUCUGCAGUCCGAAGCCUUCAGAAAUAAAGGAUUUUUCAUACGUGUACAGACCAGAAACAUGUCAAGUGUUUGUGGGAUGCUCCAUGUUCGCUCCUCUAAGAACGCUUCCCAGUCAGUGUUUGCAGCCAAUCAAGUUACAAGAUGAGUGCAUUUACCGUCCCAGUUGGACAGUUGGAAAACUUGAGUUGCUUCCACCUGUUCCUACAAUGCCAUUUAUCAAAGAUGGGAACAUUCCCAGUGUUGGUAGUGCUAUGGAUCAAGAGUAUGUUCAGACAUACACUCCACAAACUCAUACACCUUUUGGAAUGUCUAAUAGUGCUCCACCCAGUAAUAGUGGAACGGGUAUCCUUCCAUCUCCUGCAACCCCCCGCUUUUCAGCUCCCACUCCACGAACUCCAAGAACACCUCGAACACCACGAGGUCCAGCAAGUGUUCAAGGUUCAGUGAAAUAUGAAAACUCGGAUUUGUACUCUCCUGCCUCCACACCAUCAACGUGUAGGCCUCUGAACUCCGUAGAACCAGCGACUGUUCCUUCAAUUCCAGAAGCCCACAGCCUAUAUGUCAACCUUAUUCUGUCCGAGUCUGUGAUGAACCUUUUCAAGGAUUGUAAUUUUGACAGCUGUUGCAUCUGCGUCUGCAACAUGAACAUAAAGGGAGCAGAUGUUGGCGUUUACAUCCCUGACCCAACCCAAGAGGUCCAAUACCGCUGCACUUGUGGUUUUAGUGCAGUGAUGAACCGUAAGUUUGGUAACAACUCUGGCCUGUUUUUGGAGGAUGAGUUGGAUAUCAUCGGUCGACACACAGAUUGCGGGAAGGAAGUAGAGAAACGAUUUGAGGCUCUGCGGGCUUCCAGGGCUGACCAUGGUGCAUUAAAAGAGCCAGAGAAAGUUCCAGAUGAGUUGAUACUCCUGCUUCAUGAUCAGUGCACUAAUUUAUUCUCUCCAUUUGGAGCUGCUGAUCAAGAGCCAGUAACAAAAACCAGCACCAUAAACUAUUCAGCACGCGUAGAAGAGCAGGACUGUUGCAAUGACUGCUACUUGGCAUUGGAGCACGGACGUCAGUUUAUGGAUAACAUGUCCGGAGGCAAAGUUGAUGAAGCACUUGUGAAAACGACUUGCUUACAUCGCUGGUCUAAAAGAAAUGCGGUAGAUGCCAGCAUGCAGUGUUCACAGGACAUCCUCCGGAUGCUCCUCUCAUUGCAACCUGUCUUGCAAGACGCUGUCCAGAAAAAACGAACGGUCCGAUCCUGGGGAGUCCAAGGACCUUUAACAUGGCAACAGUUUCACAAAAUGGCUGGCCGGGGGUCUUAUGGUACAGACGAGUCCCCAGAACCACUGCCAAUUCCUACGUUUCUAGUGGGGUAUGAUUAUGAUUUUCUGGUGCUCUCGCCAUUUGCGUUGCCUUACUGGGAAAGACUGAUGCUGGAACCUUAUGGGUCUCAACGAGACGUAGCUUAUGUUGUAGUGUGCCCAGAGAACGAGGCUCUGUUAAAUGGAGCCAAAGGUUUCUUUCGUGAUCUUACUGCGAUGUAUGAGUCUUGUAGACUCGGACAACAUAGACCGAUCUCGAAACAACUCACAGACGGCAUCAUGAAAGUUGGGGCUGCAGCAUCAAAGAAAAUUUCAGAGAAAUCUGUUGCAGAAUGGUUUUCUCAGCCGGCCAACGGCAACAAUGAAGCAUUUUCCAAGCUCCGUUUAUAUGCACAAGUUUGCAGAUAUGAACUAGGUCCAUAUCUUGCGUCACAACCACUUGAUAGCUCUCUACUCUGCCAGCCAAAUCUAGCUCCCACAGUAAGUCCAGCAUCUUCAUCCCAGCCGAUUGCAGCAAACAAUACUGGCAACCCAAGCACUCCAUCAUCCACAAACUCCACUACAACGAACAGCUCCUCUGCUCCAACUCCAAACAGUACUCUGCCUUCUACAUCUGUCAGCAGCACUUCGGCCGCAACGAACGUGGUUACUGGCCUAGCUGCAAGCAAAGCAACCAACUUUCCUCCAUAUGGGAGCAUGAAUAGCACCACGAAUGCGAUCCCAGCACAGGUUAACUCUGUUCAGAACACUCAAGGAGGACAACCACCGUCCCAGCCUACACUGCAGCAAACCACCGGCAUGACCAGUGAGCAGUCUGCAGCUGCCCAAGCUGCCACAGAGGUUUCUGAAAGCACCAUGGAACGUGAUAAGGUUGGAGUCCCUACUGAUGGAGAGUCUCAUGCCAUCACCUAUCCACCUGCCAUCGUGGUGUAUAUUGUUGAUCCUUUUACAUACGAAAGCAAAGAUGAGUGUUCGAGCUCCUCCAGCAUCUGGACGCUGGGGCUUCUCCGGUGUUUUCUGGAAAUGUUGCAAAUCCUCCCGCCACACCUCAGAAACACUGUUUCAGUUCAGAUCGUUCCCUGUCAGUAUCUCUUGCAACCAGUCCGGCACGAGGAUAGGCAAAUCUACACACAGCAUUUAAAGUCGUUGGCAUUUUCAGUAUUUACCCAAUGCCGGAGACCACUUCCAACUUCAACAAAUGUCAAGACGUUGACAGGAUUUGGGCCUGGAUUAGCCAUUGAAAAUGCUCUUAAAAGCCCUGAUCGACCUGAAUGCAUCAGGCUGUACACUCCUCCAUUUAUUCUGGCUCCUGUCAAAGAUAAGCAGACUGAGCUGGGUGAGACCUUUGGUGAGGCCGGACAAAAAUACAAUAUUCUUUUUGUUGGCUACUGCUUAUCACACGAUCAGAAGUGGCUCCUGGCAUCUUGCACCGAUCUUUAUGGCGAGCUAUUAGAAACAUGCAUCAUAAGCAUUGAUGUGCCAAACCGAGCUCGGAGGAAAAAAGGCUCAGCGCGCCGCAGUGGGCUACAGAAAGUAUGGGAAUGGUGCCAAGGGCUUGUGCAGAUGAGCUCAUUGCCAUGGAGGGUUGUUAUUGGUCGAUUAGGGCGGAUAGGUCACGGAGAGUUGAAAGACUGGAGUUGUUUGCUAAGUCGGCGGAAUCUGCAGUCUCUCAGCAAAAGGUUGAAAGACACGUGUCGGAUGUGUGGUAUAUCAGCAGCGGAUUCCCCCAGUAUUUUGAGCGCGUGUUUAGUAGCAAUGGAGCCACAAGGCUCGUUUGUGAUUAUGCCAGACUCAGUGUCUACUGGUUCUGUGUUUGGCCGCAGUACCACGCUAACCAUACAGACAUCGCAACUAAAUACUCCACAGGACACAUCAUGCACUCAUAUCCUUGUUUUCCCUACAUCUGCUUCAGUGCAAGUAGCCUCUGCCACUACUGAAAACCUAGACCUGGCAUUUAAUACAAACAACGAUGGAGCAGAUGGAAUGGGGAUUUUUGAUUUAUUAGACACUCCUGAUGACUUGGACCCAGAUAUCAUUAAUAUUCUUCCUGCAUCACCAACUGGAUCCCCUGGCCAUUCACCUGGAUCACAUUACCAUCAUGGGGGAGAUGCUGGCAAGGGUCAAGGUACAGAUCGGCUUCUGUCCACAGAAUCACAUGAUGAAGUGACCAACAUUUUACAGCAACCUUUGGCACUUGGUUACUUUGUUUCAACUGCGAAAGCCGGACCAUUGCCUGACUGGUUUUGGUCAGCGUGUCCUCAAGCACAAAACCAGUGCCCACUGUUUCUUAAGGCCUCUUUGCACCUUCAUGUGCCUUCAGUGCAAUCAGAUGAGCUGCUCCACAGCAAACACUCCCACCCACUGGAUUCAAAUCAGACAUCAGAUGUCCUCAGGUUUGUUUUGGAACAGUACAACGCCCUCUCCUGGCUAACCUGUGAUCCUGCAACUCAAGACAGACGUUCAUGUCUGCCAGUUCAUUUUGUGGUGCUGAACCAGUUGUAUAAUUUUAUCAUGAAUAUGCUGUGAUAUCCAUCGGGAAGGGUGCAAAGAAAAAAAGUAGAAGAGGAUUCUAAUUUCAUCGCAGGACUCAAAAACACAAAAAGAAACUUCACUCAAGCCACUCUCUACGGUGACGGAGCAGAUGCAAUUGCCUCCCCCUGAAUUUCUGACCAUGCAUCAUUUUUUAACCAUCCGAAUUUUCACUUUGGAUUUGGAUUAUUGCUAUACCCAUAUGGAACACAAGUAUAUUUUUGAAGUCUCAAUGACCCUUUGAUAAUCAUCUCCAGUCUCAGUAUUUGGUUUCAAAAAUCCUCUAUCUGCUGACUUCAAGUGAACCUAAUAAGCUCUGGGAUGACCUAAGGAACAAUAAUGGGGUGAUCACAAGACUUUUUAACAUUUAGGAUGUGUGGAUAACAGAACCUAUUAUCAAUAUUCAGAAACAAAUGCCUGCAUCUCUUAUUUAUUGUAAGUUUUUAAAUGUAUAAAUUGUCUUAUAUUUCUUAGCCUCUUUUAUAAAAAAAAAACAAAAAACAAAAACUUUUUUCCUCGAAGGUUUAUAUCGCCUUCUUGCUUUAAAGCAAUUGGUCUAAAAUAUAUGUACUCGUCUUAAUUAAAAGUUGCAGUAGGUUGCUUUUAGAGUAUUAUUUUUUUGUAAGGGGGAGGGGUGGGCGCCAUUAAAAUUUGUAUUGUCUUGAUGUACAGUUAAUUGGGGCGAACGGUGGGUUAAUGUCCUCACCAUUGUGUGUGUGUGCGUGUGGGGGGGGAUUUACAGCUAAGCUGUAGCUGCCGAGUACAUGUACAGUCAUGAAUUUCACUGUGUUUAUAAGUUUGAAAAAGGUACCGGGUCUUAAAAAGAAAUUUUAUAAUCACACCUCGACAACAGAGAAUCCCUAAUGGCAAUAUAUCAUUGAAUAUUGUAGGUGGUUUAACCUGUAGUGAAUAAUAAAUAAACUCUUCAGUUUCAUUUUUUAAAAAAAACAAAAAAAAAAUUGGGUUCAGGGCCAUUUACUGCUUUUGUUAGACGUGUUAAAAAUCUACACUUUUUUUUUUACCAUAUAACUGAACAAACAUUUCGUUUUUUGUUUUGCAAAUUAACGUAAUUGGAUUGUGUUUUUCUUUUAGUUUAACCCUUAAUGUACCUCUGAAAUCUAGUAUGGCCCGUGACAUCUAGUAAGCAGGCAAUCUUGGAUUUUGCAAAGGGUGUGCUUAUGGUGCGGUGUACAUAGAGAAUCUCAGUGACCGAUUGAUUGGUAUGCCCAAUUUUUUUUUUAAUUUGAAGCCAUUUCCUGACCUUGUUAGAUAUAGAUCAUCCUGAAAACCUCCUCUGUUCAUUACGUACCUGGGAAGAAAGUAUAUUAUAUUUGGGAAAAACUACAAAUUUUGUUUUGGGAAAACUGAGCUUUGUAAAUACAGAGUAUUUACCUUAACAAUUUCAUAUAGAGAAAGAGGAAUCCCGUUUGCAUUGCGUGUGUGUGUAUAUAUAAAUAUAUAUAUAUAUACAUAGAUAUAUAUUAUAUAAAUAUUUAAGAAAAUAUCAACGUUUUGUUUAAAAUUAAAACACUUGGUGACAAAAGCUUUCAGACGUUCUUUCGAAACCGUGCAAUCAAAAAGUAUUUUGUUUAAGAAAUCUUUCUCUUUUAUUUUUACUUUCUUUCCUUAAGGUAAUCUCAAUGCCUCAGGAAAUGUGUUGGCAUUUCUUUCACUUGGGUAAGAUUUCUGCGGGAUAAUGAUGUUUCUGAUGUUUUGAAAUUUUUAAAAUCUGUAAUUAAAUUGGUCCUAUUUUUAUUCAUAA